UGGAAAGAUCAAAAGUAGCGAACUUUUGGUUUACUGCCGCGGUCUUGUUCCUGCUCACUGCCGCCUCUUGGGGCCCCAUAUUAUUCAACAAAUAUUCAAAUUGGAGCUGGAGUUCUGAGCGGCCGGGUACUGUGUAUUCCAGCGGUGGGUGUCUGUACGUAGUUAGAACCUGGCAAGAGAGCACUCACGAAGAGCCCGCAGGCGGGGCUGGUCGGCGCCCGGGUUCUGCCCCCUGCCGGACCCUGCCUGCCGCCUGCCGCCUGCCUCCGGCUCGGGCCGCCGAGCGCCCUGCCCAUUUAAGGAGGCGGGCCGUACCACCGCAACUUUCUUGACAGGGGGUAUCCCGGCGGACUCGGACAACUUCAAGGGAGCCGAGAGGCGAUUUCUUUUCCUUUCUAACUGUGGCCUGCGUUGUGCUGCUGCUGGGCAGGCGCUGGGCGCCGGCGGUCUUCGAGCGUGGGGGCCCGUUGGCUUUCCCUUCUCAGAAACUGCGCCGGGGGCGCUCGCUCGCUCCGGAUUCGGACGCGGCGCUCCCCAGGCUCGUCUGAAGUGCAGAUCGCCGCAGAGGCCCCAGUGCCCGGAUGUCCAUCAGGAUUAGCGCGAGCCAAUACGGGCCGAGCCCGGGGCUGCGCCGAGGACGCCCGGGGCUGGAGAGCAGGUAGUCCCGUAACAUCGGGGCGCCGCGCCGGGACGCGUACCCGCCCGGCUCCGCCAAAUGGUGAGCGCGGCGCUGGCGGCAGGGCCCGCAGGGUGAAGGCGCUCAUGGACGGAAGACCCCUGGCUCUAUAAGCUGAAUUAUGGCAGCCCAGUCAAGUUUGUACAAUGACGACAGAAACCUGCUUCGAAUUAGAGAGAAGGAAAGACGCAACCAGGAAGCUCACCAAGAGAAAGAGGCAUUUCCUGAAAAGAUUCCCCUUUUUGGAGAGCCCUACAAGACAGCAAAAGGUGAUGAGCUGUCUAGUCGAAUACAGAACAUGUUGGGAAACUACGAAGAAGUGAAGGAGUUCCUUAGUACUAAGUCCCACACUCAUCGCUUGGAUGCUUCUGAAAAUAGAUUGGGAAAGCCGAAAUAUCCUUUAAUUCCUGACAAAGGGAGCAGCAUUCCAUCCAGCUCCUUCCACACUAGUGUCCACCACCAGUCCAUUCACACUCCUGCGUCUGGACCACUCUGUGUUGGCAACAUUAGCCACAAUCCAAAGAUGGCGCAGCCAAGAACUGAACCAAUGCCAAGUCUCCAUGCCAAAAGCUACGGCCCACCAGACAGCCAGCACGUGACCCAGGAUCCCCUUGGUCAGGAGGGGUACGGCUCUAGUCAUCACAAGAAAGGUGACCGAAGAGCUGACGGAGACCACUGUGCUUCAGUGACAGACUCCGCUCCAGAGAGGGAGCUUUCUUCCUUAAUCUCCUCUUUGCCUUCCCCAGUUCCCCCUUUGUCACCUAUACAUUCCAACCAGCAAACUCUUCCCCGGAUGCAAGGAAGCAGCAAGGUUCAUGGCAGCAACAGCAACAGUAACAAUAAAGGCUGUUGCCCAGCCAAAUCUCCCAAGGACCUAGCAGUGAAAGUCCAUGAUAAAGAGACCCCUCAAGACAGUUUGGUGGCCCCUCCCCAGCCACCUUCUCAGACAUUUCCACCUCCCUCCCUUCCCUCAAAAAGUGUUGCAAUGCAGCAGAAGCCCACAGCUUAUGUCCGACCCAUGGAUGGUCAAGAUCAGGCUCCUAGUGAAUCCCCUGAACUGAAACCACUGCCAGAGGACUAUCGACAGCAGACCUUUGAAAAAGCAGACUUGAAAGUGCCUGCCAAAGCCAAGCUCACCAAACUGAAGAUGCCUUCUCAGUCAGUUGAGCAGACCUACUCCAAUGAAGUCCAUUGUGUUGAAGAGAUUCUGAAGGAAAUGACCCACUCAUGGCCUCCUCCUUUGACAGCAAUACAUACGCCUAGUACAGCUGAGCCAUCCAAGUUUCCUUUCCCCACAAAGGACUCUCAACACAUCAGUUCUGUAACCCAAAACCAAAAACAAUAUGAUACAUCUUCAAAAACCCACCCAAAUUCUCAGCAAGGAACGUCAUCCAUGCUCGAAGACGACCUUCAGCUCAGUGACAGUGAGGACAGUGACGGUGAACAAACCCCAGAGAAGCCUCCCUCCUCAUCUGCACCUCCAAGUGUUCCACAGUCCCUUCCAGAACCGGUGGCAUCAGCACAUUCCAGCAGUGCAGAGUCAGAAAGCACCAGUGACUCAGACAGUUCCUCAGACUCGGAGAGCGAGAGCAGUUCAAGUGACAGCGAAGAAAAUGAGCCCCUAGAAACCCCAGCUCCGGAGCCUGAGCCUCCAACAACAAACAAAUGGCAGCUGGACAACUGGCUGACCAAAGUCAGCCAGCCAGCUGCGCCACUGGAGGGUCCCGGCAGCACAGAGUCCCCACGGCGGCGCCCAGAGAGUAAGGGCAGCAGCGACGGUGCCACGAGUCAGGAGCGUUCUGAAUCCAAAGAUCCUCCCCUGAAAAGCUCCAGCAAAGCCCCCCGGGCCCCACCUGAAGCCCCCCACCCCGGAAAGAGGAGCUGUCAGAAGUCCCCGGCACAGCAGGAACCCCCACAGAGGCAAACUGUUGGAACCAAACAACCCAAAAAACCUGUCAAGGCCUCUGCCCGGGCAGAUUCACGGGCCAGCCUGCAGGUGGAAAGGGAGGCGGGACUUCUUCCCUACGGCUCCAGAGACCAGACUUCCAAAGACAAGCCCAAGGUGAAGACGAAAGGACGGCCCCGGGCCGCAGCAAGCAAAGAGCCCAAGCCAGCAGUGCCCCCCUCCAGUGAGAAGAAGAAGCACAAGAGCUCCCUCCCUGCCCCCUCUAAGGCUCCCUCAGGCCCAGAACCCACGAAGGACAAUGUGGGGGACAGGAGCCCUGAGCACUUUGCUCUUGUUCCCCUGACUCAGAGCCAGGGCCCGCUCCACAGUGGCAGCAGCAGCAGGACUAGUGGCUGCCGCCAAGCCGUGGUGGUCCAGGAGGACAGCCGCAAAGACAGACUCCCAUUGCCUUUGAGAGACACCAAGCUGCUCUCACCGCUCAGGGACACUCCUCCCCCACAAAGCUUGAUGGUGAAGAUCACCCUAGACCUGCUCUCUCGGGUACCCCAGCCUCCCGGAAAGGGGAGCCGCCAGAGGAAAGCAGAGGAUAAACAGCUGCCCGCAGGGAAGAAGCACAGUUCUGAGAAGAGGAGCUCAGACAGCUCAAGCAAAUUGGCCAAAAAGAGAAAUGGUGAAGCAGAAAGAGACUGUGAUAACAAGAAAAUCAGACUGGAGAAGGACAUCAAAUCACAGUCGUCUUCAUCUUCAUCUUCAUCCUCCCACAAAGAAUCUUCUAAAGCAAAGCCCUCCAGGCCCUCCUCAGAGUCCUCAAAGAAGGAAAUGCUCCCCCCGCCACCUGUGUCCUCGUCCUCCCAGAAGCCAGCCAAGCCUGCACAUAAGAGGUCAAAGCGGGAAGCAGACACCGGUGGCCAGGACCCUCCCAAAAGUGCCAGCAGUACCAAGAGCAACCACAAAGACUCUUCCACUCCCAAGCACAGAAGAGUAGAGGGGAAGGGCUCCAGAAGCUCCUCGGAGCACAAGGGUUCUUCCGGAGAUACUGCAAAUCCUUUUCCAGUGCCUUCUUUGCCAAAUGGUAACUCUAAACCAGGGAAGCCUCAAGUGAAGUUUGACAAACAACAAGCAGACCUUCACAUGAGGGAGGCAAAAAAGUUGAAGCAGAAAGCAGAGUUAAUGACGGACAAGGUUGGAAAGGCUUUCAAGUACCUGGAAGCCGUCUUGUCCUUGAUUGAGUGUGGAAUUGCCACAGAGUCUGAAAGCCCAGCAUCCAAGUCAGCGUACUCUGUCUACUCAGAAACUGUAGAUCUCAUUAAAUUCAUAAUGUCAUUAAAAUCCUUCUCAGAUGCCACAGCGCCAACACAAGAGAAAAUAUUUGCUGUUUUAUGCAUGCGUUGCCAGUCCAUUUUGAACAUGGCGAUGUUUCGUUGUAAAAAAGACAUAGCAAUAAAGUAUUCUCGUACUCUUAAUAAACACUUCGAGAGUUCUUCCAAAGUCGCCCAGGCACCUUCUCCAUGCAUUGCAAGAAGCACAGGCACACCAUCCCCUCUUUCCCCAAUGCCUUCUCCUGCCAGCUCCGUAGGGUCCCAGUCAAGUGCUGGCAGUGUGGGGAGCAGUGGGGUGGCUGCCACCAUCAGCACCCCAGUCACUAUCCAGAAUAUGACAUCUUCCUAUGUCACCAUCACAUCCCAUGUUCUUACCGCCUUUGACCUUUGGGAACAGGCCGAGGCCCUCACAAGGAAGAAUAAAGAAUUCUUUGCUCGGCUCAGCACAAAUGUGUGCACCUUGGCCCUCAACAGCAGUUUGGUGGACCUGGUGCACUAUACACGACAGGGUUUUCAGCAGCUACUAGAAUUAACCAAAACACCUUAAUGGAGCCCCAGGUUGAUUCAAUGCCUUGGGAACUAUUUUUGCACAUUGGAAGCCUCAAAAACAGUCCAGACGUUUGUUUCAUCAGGACGCCAAACUCUAAAAAGCAGCAGCACGAGAUGGCCAGGACAUUUGUCCGCUUAAACUCUCCACAACGGUGUGAUCAUUGGUUGGACACUAUGGUUAUGCAGAAGCAGAGAUGAGGAGGCUGGCCCCAGAGAUGAUCUUGCCCUUCCUAACUAAAGGACAGAAGUGCAAUGUAGCUUAAAUGGGUGUAUGAAUGGUCUAGAAACAUUUCUAUUUUUUUUUUUUUUUUAACCAGCAGGAUACAAGUUGCAAAUGAAAUGAGGAGAAGCAGUUUCAACUCUGAAAGUGAAUUUACAUCAUCUCAGUAGCCACACUAGUCCAUUCUCAGAAGGAAAUUUUGUUUUUAACAAUGACUUUUGGUGAAGGGUUUUGUGGAUGAUUUUUUUUUUCUUUUGAGUUUUGGGAGAAAUAUUUGUUUAAUAACUUCUAAUGGCCAUCUGUAAACCGUAAGUAAUGAAGGACUCCACUGUGCCCCACUUUCUGCCAAUGAACAGUGGCUUGAUAAUA